AAUACGUUUUGAACAUUUUUAAAGAGAUAUAGUAGCAACAAAAUAUUUUAUCGAUGAAAAAUUUAAAAAUAUUCACAUUAACCUAGACAGUAGACACCAUUAUAAAGAGGGAUAUUGGGUUUCUCAUCUGCCUUGGCUAAUUUUCUGCAGUUCAAAAGAAGCGUUCACCAUGAAAUCGCCUCUAUCUUCUUUGCUUUCAAGAUUUGGAUUUGCAUCAUCAUGGUUCGAGUUAUAUGCUGCCUUCUCCACAUUCAUGAUGCUUCUAAGAACAGUAAUCAACGACCUCGUACCCAAACAAGUUCAAUCCUACAUAGUCUCAAAGCUUUAUGGUUUAUUCGCCAAAAGCAAACUAAAUGAUCAAGAUCAGUUAUCUCUCAAAAUUGACCAAUAUUGGAAUGACACUAAAACUCAUAAUGAGCUUUACUUAGCUGCUCAGAAAUAUCUGCCCACCCUUAUAACCCAUACCUACACAUCACUCAGAGUUGGCAAACUAGGAAACAAGAGCAACAACCUCCUUGAGUUUGCGGUGGAUGGAAGACAAGAUGUGGUGGACGAAUUUGAAGGCACCGUGUUUACUUGGAGGCUAUGUGUUGAACCUCAAAAGAUUUCUUCUGAUGAUGAUACUAAGUGGAUGUUUUCUUCUGAGUUUUCCUCUGAGGACGAGAAGAAGCGUGCGUGGGAAUUAACAUUCAAUAAGAAGUACAGAGAGAAAGCAAUAGAUAAGUACAUACCGCAUGUGCUUAAAACUUAUGAGGCUAUGAAAAUUGAAGAAAGGGAUGUUAAGAUCUAUUCCUGGAAUGGCGGGGGUUGGAAACCAAGUGUGUUAUCGCAUCCUUCCACAUUUGAGACACUUGCCUUGGACCCUGAGAUGAAGCAAACCAUUAUUCAUGAUGUAGAACGAUUCUUGAAGAGGAAGGAAUUUUACAAAAAAGUGGGAAAACCGUGGAAACGCGGUUACCUUUUGUAUGGCCCUCCUGGAACUGGAAAAUCUAGUCUCAUUGCGGCUCUGGCUAAUUAUUUGAAAUUCGAUGUGUACGAUAUACAACUUACCUCGAUUCAAUCUGACUCGACUCUUAAGAGAUUGGUGUGUGACACACCAAAACGUUCCAUUGUAGUGAUUGAAGACAUAGACUGCAACAAAGAGGUACAUGCUCGUUCUAUGGAUCAAGACCUUCUUGAAACACCAAAGCUGCCUCGGAGAUUUCUUCCGCCACGGGGCAUGGUUAAUUACAUGGACGGUCUACCUGCUCCAUCUAUGGAUUAUGAUGUUCAUGAGCAGAGGUUUAGUUUGUCGGGCAUGCUUAAUUACAUGGACGGGUUGUGGUCAGGCAGUGGAGAUGAGAAAAUUAUGAUAUUUACAACAAACCACAAAGACAGAAUAGAUCCAGCACUGCUACGACCUGGUCGUAUGGACAUGCACAUUAAUCUUUCCUUCCUUAAAGCCAAGGCAUUUAGAAUCCUAGCUUCUAAUUAUCUUGACAUUGAAGACCAUCAUCCACUCUUUGAACAAAUUGAAUUUCUAUUGGAGGAGAAAAUAGAGGUCACCCCUGCAGUAGUGGCAGAGCAGUUAAUAAGACAUGAAGAUCCUGAUAUUGCUUUAGAUGAACUGCUGAAAUUUCUCAAAGAGAUGGAAAAGCAAAGAGAACCAAAAAAGUCAGAAGACAUUCAUGAUUUCUUAGGAUGAUUUUAUGUUUCAUUGUUUUCUUUUGUGUUUUACUGGAUAUUUACAGUUUUCUAUUCUUCUUCUGUGUUUUCCUUUGUACACUUGAGGCUAUGAUUUAGUAAUUAUGACUUAUUUGG